UUGAUCCCUUGUUGCAGACCUAUGCAGAAAAACAAUUGUACUGGCACAGUAGAUUGGUCCAAUGAAAUACGGAAAGCAAAUGAUUUAUAUGAAUGGAAAACGUGAUCUUGUCGUGUUUUUCUCCAGUUGUAGUGUGAAAUCCUGUUGAGAUACAGAAAAGGACGACGAUGGGAAAUUUGCAGGACUUGUCCCACGGUUUGGUGCACUGGACUUUAGGGACGACAGUUUUAACGGCCCUGACGUCGUCCGAGUUUUCCGGAUCGGAAGCCAUCAUAGCAAUAGUCAUUUCGGCCUUGUCAUCAACCCUAACGGCUCUGUGCGGUUCAGCACUGGAAACAGAACAAACUUACAAUAAGAAAAAGUUCACGAGCGCGUUCUACUUCUUUAUAAUAUGGUUCGACGUGCUUUCCAACUUGACAGCUGCUGCAACUUGUUCGAGAUUAGCCAGUGCGACCGUCGAUUAUAUUAGUAGGGGACAUUUCAGAGAACUUUUAUUUGGUAUCGAGUCCCACUCUUUGGGUGAACCUUGGCCUGAUGUUUUGGGCGUUACCAUUAUCGUCGUGGUUUCGUUGCUCUUUAUGCUGGGGCUGGAGAAAUCAUCUACUAUAUCAUUGCUACUAUUCCUUACCGUGAUAACAACUUUUGUAUUUUUUAUAUCAAUCGGAAGUUUCCAUACCAUUUUACAAUUUACAAAAUGGUAUGAAAAUUUUAAGGUUCACUCCGUUAAAGGGGUGCUAACAGCAAGUGCAGUAUUAUCAUUUGCUUUCAUAAAUAAUUUAUCCAAAUUAGACAAGAAGCAAAUAUCUAAUUUAUUUUUGAUAACUCUAAAUUCAAUAAUAUUUUAUAUCAUAAUAUCAGCAUUUUAUACAUUUAUGACUAAUUAUAGAGAACUGUCUGGAACUGCGAUUCCGCUGGUGCGAGUAUUCGAGGCCAGAGAUGUUGACUGGGCAAGGGCUGUGAUGGCAGUUUUUACCAUAUGCAUUGUGUGUUUAGUAUUGACUGAAAUUUUACCUAAAACAUUUUCGACAUUUGUUAAACUAGCGAACAGAGACUGGCAAGUCUUUGUGUCUUCAAUGCAGUAUCAGAGCACAUUUACUGGAGCACCAGUAUUAGCCAUAUUUGCUGCGGGUAGCCUGGCUGCAAUUUUAGCGUUCGCUUGCCCGCUGUGGCAUUUAGUGAAGUUGCUUAACACUUCAAAUUUGUUAAAGUGCAUUUUUAACUUGUGUCAGUUGUUGUAUAACAGAUACAAGCCUGAAUUGUGCAGUGAUCCCUUGGUUUAUCACACGAACGUGCAAUAUCAGAAAUUAAACCAAAAUCCCUCCAAGAUAAUAAGGCCUUGUUUUAGCGACAAAUUUAAAUCAAUGUUUGGUGUAAAGCCAACCAGUUACAUAUCAAGAAUAAGUGUUCCUAAAAGUCGUACCUUUUUACUGAGAAACGUCAGUGGUGAGCAAGAAAGCCUACUUUUAGAUGAGUACAGCAAUAAAUCAGAACCUAUAGAAGAGGACAGUCAGUCGGACAAUGAGGAAAAUCAAAUUAUUUCCGGAAGUGAUGGCGAGGAAUCUACGGAUUCUACUGACAUUGAUGUCGUCGUACAGGAAUAUAAGGAAAAACUGAAGGUGGCAACAAUAACAAAGUUUAAUGAGAAAAUUCCUUCAACAAUUGUUACUUCUGUAAUAGUCGGUUUUUGUACGUUUAUAAUUAUUUUGGGAUCCAUUGGAUUAAGCCUAAUACUAUUUAAUAUAUACAUGUUUACUUGGCCUAGUAUUAUUGGAAUUAUGCUUUCCUACCUCAUCAUUCUUGUGAUGCCUCAAAACUCUAUAGAGAAGUCCAAUGAAUCAGCUUUGCUCUCUUGUAUUUCUUCUACAAACAUUGUAGUGUCUUUGACAAUAAACAUAGUUAUAUCAUCUACAAUCAUAAUAGAUAUUUGGCAGGGGAUUGUUUUCUGGUUGAUAGCAGGUACACUUUUGUUCUGGAGAUGCGAAUGUUGCACCUGUGAUGGCCUGGUGUCUAAUAAGUCUAAUGCAAAGGUCCACUGUGCCCACGUCCAAGAAGACGUCAUUUACGAGUACAAAGAGACACAUCCUGAUACAAUUUACGUAACCAGAUGACAUCACGAUUACCUCGAUGACGACAUUUUAUUGUCCGAGUCCGAGGAAGAUAUUUAACUUUUUUAGAUUAUUUAAAGUGAUAUAUUUUUGAAGAAAGAAGAUUUUUUAUAAAUGUAUUACUUAUAUCGAGGUGUUCACUAUUUAUCUAUGUUAUGGCGAUAAAGUGCAAUAAUAAAUUUUAUUGUUUUUUAUAUACGACAGAAUAUAUCAGAGAAGAAUAUAGUCAUAUUAUCAUCUAUUUGUUAAAAGUAUUGUGUCAUAAAUAUAUA